AUGAAGGUCCCGAGGGAGAACAUCAAGCCCACCGGGCUCAGCGUGGUCUAUGAUCCGGAGGGCCGCACCGACGUCAGCCUCGACAUCAUCCUAGUCCACGGCCUGGGAGGCCACCCGGUCAGGACAUGGCUCCACACACCAGCCAGCGAGGCCCCGGCCAACAAGGAGGUCGCAGCAUCAAACAUCACGUCGUCGGCGGGAAACCAAAGCUCGUGGGACAACGAGCCCGUGCGCGCCCUCUCGCUGAAGCACCUGGCCUCCCCGAACCAGAAGAAGGGCAACACGCUCAAGAAACCACCACGAGGCGGGGACGCGGCGUCGCCGCGGUUGCGCGUGUUUGGGUCGCCGCUCCGGCCCCGCUCCGAGGACCUCUCGGAUGGCUCGGGAGGGGGCGGCGUGCUGUCGCCCGACAACGUCACGGUCACGACGAGGUCGGGCCGGGCCCCGCGGCGGGGGUCACACCGCCGGCCCCGCGCGCAGGCUCUCAGGCAGCAGAGCCCCUUGAAGCAGUCGGAGCCUGCGCUUGACCGGUGGGGGACGGCGGCGGCGGCGGCGGCGGUGGGUGAUGAGAGGGACGCCGAUGAGGCCUGUGACCUGGGGACGUUUUGGCCCACUGACCUGCUGCCAGACCUGUGCUGCGACGCCAGGAUACUCACCUGGGGGUUCCGGACGCGCAUAUCCGACGGGCACCUCGUCCCCGGACAGCUCGACGUCUUCAGCCGGGGCCGAGAGCUCCACGACGCCGUGAAUGACCUGCUCGCCUCGUGCAGGGAGCACGGCCAGAGCCGGGAGCUGGUGUUUGUGGCCCACAGCACGGGUGGGAUCAUCAUCAAAGAGGUGGGUUGGGGACCCUGGGACCAAAGAGAGGCGGCGAGCUCUGGUCUCAUGCUCCGUCUUGCCUCCUCGUACGAGGACACCCGCGACAGGCCCCUGCUCGCGUCCAUAGCAGGCAUCGUGUUCCUGGGGUGUCCGAUGAGGGACUCCCCCAGCGGGAGCAUGAUAGACGCCAUGACCAGCAUGGCGGCCGCGACAAUAGGGGUCGAGAUGCACGACCGCGUGCUCCAGGAGCUCCUCGGGUGGGAUGCGUCCCUGGCGUAUGAGGGCCGCGACGCCCUCGAGCAGGCGCGGCGCGAGUAUGGCUUCCAGGUCAAGACAUACCGAGAAACGAUCAUCAUCCCGCCGGCAGACAACAGCUAUGUCCCCUGGGUGGCCCUUGCCGUCCGCCGAGACUCGCAGUCGCUGGAGGGAGCGAGGGAGGAAGCCGAAUAUAUCGAGUCGGACCACCUCAACAUGUGCAGGUUCGCCUCGGCUGGCAACGAUGGAUAUCGAUCUCUCGCGUCGUUCAUCCUCAGGCUGGCGCAGCACCAGUCGCUCAGGCACCGCCUGACGCCCGAAGAGGAGGCCAAUCUGCAACUGCUGGCAGCCGCAGGCGCAGGAAGCACAAGCCAACCCGGAGCCCCGUUUCCCACGCAGACCAUGGUGCUCCCAGAGAUGCCAACCCGCAAGGCACCUCCCUGGCUGCUCAAGCACCCAGCCUUCGGGUCGUGGUACCACCGCAGGCACCCUCAAGACUGCCACAGGCUCCUCUGGCUGCGCGGCCCGGCGGCGUGCGGCAAGACGGAGCUCCUGUCGUCGCUGGCCUCGCACGUCGCGGCCGAGUGGUCGCCCACAGCCCACAGCAGCGCCCUCAUCACCGCCGUCGCGGAGGGCGAACCGCUGCUGCAGGGCAUAAUCCCAGGGUCAGAGAGGUCGGCAAACCAUAAUAGACACAGCCACCACAAGACAUGCGACAAGAAGGGACAGCAGCAAACCAUAAUAGCCAGCACCGACAAACCGGGCCACAUCAUAAUAAGCAACAGCACCACCACCACCACCAGCACGACAGGUGGGCCGACACAUGAAACAGCCUCCCCCCUGCGGGCCAUCCUGCAGCAGCUGUGGGCGCACGACCCGCGGCUGCGGAACCUUGUGGGCGGGCUGGCCAAGGCAUCAUCCCUGCGUGCCAGGGCCGCAGAUUCAUGCGACGACCACCACGCCCGGCCCAGUCAGCCCACCACCAGCAGCAACCAGCAGCCCAGGACGCAAGGCGACGCCGGCGGGGCCCACGCGGCACCCCAGCCGCAGACGCCAAAAGUCUAUUCGCGGCGGCGCCCGAAGAGCAGCCGCGGCGACGGGACAAUUAAUAAUGACGACGCUCAGGGGCCGCCGACGCCGCGGCGGGUGAUGCAUGAAGCGGGAGGGAACCAGCAGCUGGCAGGAAAAGGCCGACUCGUCCGCGGUGGUACAAACGAUAGUUCUGCUGUUGCUGACCAAGACCAGCCCCCAGGCGGACUUGUGAGAAGAAGAGACGAACCAAGGGACGAAGAAAAAGAAGGACAGGGCGUCCCACAACCACUGGACGAUGCGCGCAUCGUCUCGUUCUUCCUGCAGGACUACCUGCGACUCAGACUGCCCCAGAACAGCGGAGCACAGGCCAGCACCAGCAGCCUGAGCACCAACAAGCACAGCCGUGCGGCGCCGGGGGCCAAACCCAAAGCCGAGAAGGAGGGUGGCCGUGGUGGUGGUGGUGGUGGUGACAAGGGCGGAAGCAGCGGCAGCAAGAAACAAAACGGGAAUAAUACUACUGAUAACUCAGCAGUCGUCGUCGAGACCCCCGGCACGCGGCGCAUCUUCGUCUUUGUCGACAUCGCGCCCACCACCGCACCGUCCACCGCGCGCGACCUGAUCUGGUGCCUGGCCCAGCUCGCGCGCCGGAGCACAACGCUGAGCAUCUGCGUCGCAUCGCAGGCGCUGGGUCCUGAAGACGACGGGGGAGGCGACGACAACACCACCAUCAUGGCGAUCCAGCAUUUGGACGGGUAUGGGGGAAAUGAGACACGCGGCGGCCCACGACUAGCUGCGGCCGCCUCCUCUGUUGCAUCGACGGCUCAUGAUGGUUUCAACCAGGGCCGCAGGGAUGACGACGUCGAGGACGGGACACUCCCACCGCUGACGGUGGACGUGCCCACCUCCAACGCCGAGGACGUCGCCAGCUACAUCGAGGCGACGCUCCUCCCGGACAUCGAGGACCGCGAGGCGCUGGCGGCCAAGCUGGCGCGGCGGUCGCGCGGGGUCAUGUUCUGGGUGGAGCACGCGGUGGCCAUCGUCAACGACGCCAGCGAGGACGGCGUGUCGGGGGAGGUCGUGUGCAGCAUGCUGGACGACAUCGCGCCCGAGGUUGGCGGUGGCGGUGGCGGUGGCGGCGGCGUCGUCGUUGGAAGCGGCCAGACCCCAGCCUCGGGGAGAGGCCGCAGCGGCUCGUCGUCGGCCAUGCUGGCGCAGGACCACCACCACCACCACCACCCGGGCCAGGCGCGGCUCGACGACCUGUACGCGUGGAAGCUGCGGCGGCUGGGCGCGGGCGAGGCCAGGGCGGCGCUGGUGCUCAUGCAGUGGGUCAUGCUGGCCCCCGAGGCGCUGCGGCUCAACGAGCUGCUCGUCGCCAUCCGCCUGACCAUGCUCGUCUGGCCGCAGGACGGCGGCGACGCCUUCCUGACCGGGGCCGAGCUGACCGCGAGGGCCCUCGACGUCGAGCCGCCCAUGAGCCUGAGGGACCUGCGGCGGAGGCCAUCGGGAGACUACGUCCCUGCCGACAACCCGUCGCAGUUCUGGCGCUGGGCCCGGCGCAUAUCGCAGGGCCUGGUGAGGCUCGACGGCGGCGGGUCGAGGAGCAAGGUGUCGUCCGAGCCCCUGGGUCUCCAGCGUGUCGUCCCCGCCCACGAGUCGGUGCGGCGCUUCUUCCUCGAGGGGAGGGGCUUCCAGAUCCUCACUCCAGCACCACCGUCAUCGUCGCCUUCUCCUCCUCCUCGCCAGCCCGGCAAGACGACAAAACAACAACAUCAUCAACAACCACAGCAGCAACAACAGCCACCCCCACCCCCAACAACAGAGCAGCUCAUAGACACGAGCUACUACGCCCUCCUGCACACCUGCCUGGCCUACCUGAACAUGACCGACUUCGACUCGCUCAGCCGGACCAGCACUGCCUCCCAGUCCCACCACAACAACCCGCGCGGCCUGUCCACCCCAGACGGCCCCCUCUCAGAGGCAGAGGAGGAGUCAACCCGCCUCCACCGCUCAAACGCAGAGGCCCAGCGCGCCCUCGUCACCUCCUCGUACCCCUUGCUCCGCUACACGGUCGACAACCUCAUCUUCCACCUCCUGCGGCCCAGGGCGCUGCGCUACUUCCCGCCCCAGGCCGCCCUGCUGCGCCUGCUCACCGCCGACGGGUGCCGCAUCUGGCGCCGGUGGACCCGGCUGCUGGGGAUCCCCGACGCCAGCGGCAGCAGCGGUGGUGCGGGGAUAAUAACAACAGGGACAGGCGCAGGGGCGGCCCUCGUCGACGUCCCCACCGCGGUCCUCUCCAAGGCCCGCGCCCGCCCCGCCACGGCCGUCCUCCUCCGGCCCGUCUACGGUGCCUCCUUCAGGCUGGACCGCGUCUUCCGGCGCGCGCACAAGACGUCCCGCGAGCAGGCCGCGCUGGCUGCCCAGGCUCGGGCCCGGCGGCCAUCGAGGCUGAGGACGCAGCGGAGCGGGAGGAGCUUCAGGAGUGCUGCUGGUGGUGGUGCUGGUGGUGGGGACGCCAGCGUCAGGGCCGGGGCCGGGGCAGGGGCAGGGGAGAUGCCGCCUACGCCUCGGACGCCCACGCGCCCUGCGAUGGUGAGGUCUGCGAGCGAGUCGAGCGUCGUGUUUGCGCUGGUGGGAGGGGGCGAUGGCGAUGAUCCCAAGGCGCACUGGCUGGUCCCCAAGAGCCCGCGGUCGCCGAGGCUGAGGUCGGAUUCGCUUGGGUCCAUCAUGUCGAACCCGGCAUCACCUGGGAUGCUUUUUGGGAUUCAGGAGGUCUGA